AUGUCUUCUAGCCUGGGCCAUGCAGAGCGCUGGUCGCUGCUGCUCGUUACCGGAGCCUCGCUGUCUGUCAUUGCCAACACGUUCAAGGGAGAUGGUGCUCCUCUUGUGGCCUCCCUGGCAUUUUCGACUUUGGCCUUUUCCAUGACCUACGCAUUUGUCCGCUGGUCGGGGCCGUCAUUUGUCAAAGCAGGGCUCAGAGGCAGGGAUAUGAGCAAGUUGGCACCAAAAGAAAUUCCCGAAGCCAUGGGAGCGGUGGCCGCCUCAGUCUACAUCUUAGCGUUGAUGGCAUUUAUCCCAUUCGCAUUUUACAAGGACAUUGUUGCCGCAACGUCUGGUGGCGGGAACAGGGACGUCGUCCUAGAGGUCACCGAGGUCGAGACGGGCCGUUUCUUGCAUCGAUUCCCGCAUUCAAAACUAUCCUCCUAUCAAUCGGCUUUGAACACUCUCCAAGCAACCACCAUUCUCGGUAUGGCGGACGAUAUAUUGGAUCUGAGAUGGCGACAUAAAUUCUUCAUUCCCGCAAUUGCGUCUCUGCCACUUCUUAUUGUCUAUUACGUCGACUUCGGAGUCACUUCAGUUGUGGUACCAAAUUUUCUCGUUCCAUACAUGCCCAGGCGAGCACGCUUGAUCGAUCUCUCGUUCUUGUACUACCUUUACAUGUCAGCAUUGUCCAUAUUUGCACCAAAUUCGAUCAACAUUCUUGCUGGAAUCAACGGUAUCGAAGUUGGCCAGUCGCUAGUCAUUGCAGGACUUUUGAUUCUCAAUUCAUCACUGUAUCUGGUCCCUUUCCCUGGAAACCCGGUUUUGUCGAAUGGUUACGCCACACACCCCCAUCCCGCCACAGAUUCACAUCUUCUCACGUUAUAUGUCCUUCUACCGUUCUUGGCCGUUUCGAUAGCCUUGUUCAUACAUAACAAGUAUCCGGCCAGAGUCUUCGUUGGCGACACGUACUGUUAUGUAGCUGGCAUGACCUUUGCUGUGGUGGCGAUCAUGGCACAUUUCAGUAAGACGUUGUUGUUACUCCUCAUUCCACAAAUCGUCAACUUCGUCUACAGUACGCCACAGCUAUUCAAGCUGAUCCCUUGUCCACGACAUCGACUACCCAAAUUCAACGCCAGAACCGGCCUACUUGAACCCAGCGUCACACCAUGGCCUCGGGAAAAGCCCCCAACCAAGCUUCAAACCACCAUGUUCCUCAUGCUCGAAAAGCUUCGGCUAAUACAGGUGACGAUUGAUCCCAAGACAAAUCGAAUAUCAACGACUUCGAACUUGACAAUCAUUAAUCUAUGGCUCGUUUGGAGAGGGCCGAUGAGGGAGGAUCAAUUAAUGCGGGAGCUAUUAGAAUCGUACUUCACAUAUUCUGACAACGAAGAAUCCGUCAUCGAUCAUGAUGUACACUUCCGCCCAGGUAUAGGUGCCGACGGACAUGAGACGUUUACACCACGAACGGUCAUCUAUGACUUGAAAGGAGGAUUCGGCACGUUGCGCAAGUUCAAUGCGUUGUACGAACUUCAAGAUGAAGCGCCCACUGGCUUGUGGGAGGGUAUGACGACGACACACCGACAGCCUACGAUACAGCCAUCAGAAUAUCAGCGAAAGCUCGAUCUCGGGUUACCCACGUCUCAAUUGCAUGAUGCAGAUGUGAGAUACUGGAGCGACUUCAACCGGGUUUACUACAAUCCCAAAUCGAUUGUCCAACUCAACGAGUAUGAGCUCAACUCUCAGAUCAUGCCGUUCGAAGACUGGGUGGCGGGAGAAGACCUUUUCCGAAAUUUGGAUCGAGACUUCGAUCUACUGGACCGUGAUAUUCGGCCCUUCGUAGAAGAAUGCGAUCACAUGCAAGGAUUCCAAAUUCUGACCGGAGCCAACGAUGCAUGGGGAGGAUUCGCAGCAAAAUACCUCGACGCCCUACGUGAUGAGUUCGGCAAGAUGAGUAUCUGGUGCUGGGGCAUCGAGGACUCUACCAGAGUAGUUAGGCAAAAACAAUUGCAACGAGCAUGCAAUUCCGCGAGAUCCCUUCGGGCCAUUGGCCAGCUGGCUUCGGUGUACGUCCGACUCGCAGCACCACCGUCGAGCUUACCGGGAUAUGUGAACUUUCCGUCGGCAUCUGACUGGAUGACAACCGCCCUGCUUUGCGCCGGCUUCGAGUCGGUCACCAUUCCGACAAGGUUGCGGGCGGAUGCGAGGAAGCGAGGCUCACUGAGCCUGCUUGAAGACACCUUGAACACUAGCGAUAGCCAGAACCUCUUCGAAUUGCAGGCCAAGUUCAACAAUCACGCCAUGAACGGUUCCAAUGGCGGAGAGUCGAACGGUAGGAUUCACGCCGAUGAGAAUGCACCUCACGAUUGGCACCCCGAGCCCACACACUUUGACCUGGAAUAUCUCCCGAGACUACAGAAUUCUAUCGUGAGCGAUCGAAACCAUGUCUUCGCGCAGGUUGAAUGCGAACGAGGAAGGGCAGAACAUGAUUCGUUCUCGCUUAGCCUCGAUCCUGAGGACAGGCUCCGCAGAAGGCAGAAUGAAGAGAGCGUGGUCGAGAUAUUUCAGACCGGACUACGAUUUCCUCUGCUGGAGACGUUUCCUAACAGUCUCUUCGAGACGAAUCGGGACCACGAGAACGGACUAGACAUAUCGGCAGCGCUGAGCUGUAAUUCGAGGAUGAAAGACCAUGUUCUCGAAUUGAGGAAUACCACCUCCCGGCUGAUGCCGCUGGAAGAACGGGAAGCUGUCUAUUCUGAUCUCUCUCAACUAGCACAGCACUACAGCUUCGGUUGGGACGAGGGUAGCGACACUGGAGAAGACGAUUGA